AUGGACUUGGACGACUUGGAGUGCUCAGAGCUUCCCGUAAUGCCGCCACCGGUCACACCUCCAGGUCUGCGAAUCAACAGCACCUCGGAUAGCGUUGUUCUGUUGACGCCCGGCACACAGGAUAUAAUCUUCGUGAACGACACUCCCGAAGAAGUCAGCAAACUGGGCACCAUGGAUGUUCUGGCUGAAAUUAUGAAGGACGACGACGACGCCUGCUCGAAUGCUUUGCGACAGUUCGAGAAGAAAAUGAUUGACCAGCAGAAGCACAUUCAACCGAAAACCCCAAAAGUGGAGAAUGCUAUUCCAAUCAAGAGAGUUGUGAAAGAGGAACCCAUAUCCCAACCAGAAACUGAUGUGGGCAAUGAGUCAACAAAGCUAUCUCAGGAUAUGGAAAAGUAUCUAAUGGAAGAGGAGGAUAGCAAGUGUUCGGAGGAAGAGUUUCCGAGACCGCUUUUGAUCAAAAAGGAACCCGAGUUGACGGUCAAAGAACGUUUCAACAUCGAAUGUGUAGAGUGCGAAAAGUUCAUCAAUUUCAUGGGUUCAAACCUAACCGACGAGAAGAUCAAAGACUACUUAUCCAAGUGCAAGCACGAGGAUGCGCGAAGCUCGACGCCACCGGGAUUCUGGAAUCCCCUGAUGGUUUCCUUUGCCGAAGGUGAUCCACGCAACGAGGUUUUGAUAGACACUCGAUUCAGGGACCAGCGAUUGAACAAAUGA